CUAGCCCAGUCAGAACAGAACACACAACUUCCGCCAACUCUACAGCUAGCUCCAACACAGCACGAGCAACGACAGAUUUCACCUGUUUGCCGAUACUCUACAGUUUUGUUACAAUAAUGAUGAGCAAGUCAGUCUACGGGCUCAGCCCGGCACAGCUAGCGGUGGCAGCGGCGAUCCUGGUCGGGCUAAGCUCGCUCCUCACCCGAAGGACGGAGAUCGAGUUCACGGAAGAGAUUUUCAUCGAGGUCGGCGAAGAACACGUGUACGACUUUCUCUCCGAUGUUCGUCUUCUCGACUUGGUUCACCCUUUCAGAGUCGGGGCUUUCAACCUGACACCCAGCACAGGUGCGGACGGGUACGAGGAGGUGAAGUACACAAACAUCGAGAAAGUCGACUACUUCGGACUGUACGAGGACGCUCUGGUCUUCCCUGUUCACACGCGAUUCAUGAAGCCGCUUGGUGAGAUCCGAUCGUCCUACGACGUGCUAGACGGGACCCUAUUGGCCCAGCAGUGCUUCUCCCUGCGCGCAGCGGAACGCAACGGAGCCAACGGCACCCUCGUCACGGACACCAGUCGCAUUUGGCUGCCGUGGAUGUACGCCCACUUUACCAUGUGGAAGGGUGGCGAGGCGCACCAUAGGAUCCUGGGAGUUGUAUAUGGCAUUAGUUGUGUCAUAUGCAGUGGUAACUUUGAUGAGAGCCAGGCAUGCGCAGACAACACCACGGUACAGGAGUGUCCAAGCGAAAAGACUGUCUGCUACUCCACCAAAUGGACCAUUCCUACAAUCAAUAACGGCAAAGGAGAGAUGACUGGUUUUACCCGCGGUUGCGCCAAGGUGGGCAUAGAACCCGGAUGUUACAAGAACGCAGACAAGAUCAUCGUGUGUACGUCAUACUGCCUUACUGACGGCUGCAACACGGACGAUCCCGGGAUAAUGACAGGAACGUUGGGACUUGAGUGUCUUCAGUGCUUCGCCACUUCUCUUCCUUCCUCGUCCGAAGCCGUCGAUCGUUGCCGAAACCUCACGAACCCAGCCGAAGCAGAGCCGUGCACAGACGGAAACGCCCGAUAUUGCUUCGUGCAAGAGAAAAUCGUGGCUGACAGAACUACCCAGUUCAACAGAGGAUGUUCUCGUACCCAGGUUGGUGCGGGUUGUCGGGAAAUGCCGGAACCAAUCGUUGAAGGCACAGACUGCAUCGUGUACUGCAACGACUUUCCGGGCUGCAAUAAUGCCACCAGCCGUGCGGUGGCGCUUCACGUUCGUUCUGUUGGCGACGUCAACCUGUUAACGGCUGCGUCGUUAAUCGUGUUUAUCGUUCAAUUUUUUUUCUAUCCAUCUCUUUUGAAGACUUUUGAUUAAGGUCGUAGAACGCAGUAUUAAU